AGCCUCGCCUGGCCCGAGGAUCCGCUGCGAUUCGUCCUCAUCAGGUCGCUGUCGACGCUGGGGGUGAGCCGCUUCUGCGAGAAGUAUCCGGCGGUGCUGGCCACGCUGCAACGUUCCCUCCUGGAGCUCGUGUGCAAGUACCAGAAGCAGGUUCUCGGGCUUGAGGAGGAGGUGGAGGGGAGAGCGGUGGAUGCGAGUGGCAACGUGUACAUGACCGUGGAGGAGCUCAUGAAGCAGGAAGCCGAGCGGCGAGCAGCUCGCGCCAGCAAGGCGAGCCCGGCGGCGGCGGCCGCGGCGGCGGCUGCAGCGGCAGCUGCCUCGCAGCCGGAGGAGGAUGAGGAGGACGAGGAGCGCGCGGAAGAGCGGAGAAGCUGGUCGCGCGAGCGGGAAGUUGCCGAGCAGCUGGUGGAAGCUCUGCUGGAGGAGUGGCGGGCGCCCAUUCAGACACUGUCACGCGCGGGGAAGGCAUUUGAUGGGCUGGAGGCGCUCCUGGGCGGCGGUCGCAACGGCACCUUUGACCUGCAGGGCAAUGUGUGGCGGCGCAAGGGGUGGGCGGAGAUGGACAAGAUGCGGUCCAAGCUGGAGGAUCUGAAGGAGCUGCGCGAUCUGGUGCGCUCGCUCGGACGCGGCGGCGGCUGGGGGCCGCUGCGCCGUGCACCCAUCCAGUUCCUGGACAUGAAGGGGCGGCCGGGGCUGCUGCGGACGGUGCUGGAGGCGCAGGAGACGCGGGGCCUGACGCGCUCGGACGACAUCAGCCGCCUGCUGCCCAGCGAGGCCGCCAACAUGGCGCGCGGCCGACGCAUCCGCCAGUCAAAGCUCCUCUUCUUCGCCAAGGCAUUUGGACAUUUCCAUGCGCAGCUGGCGGAGAAGGGCCUGCAAACGUACGAGCGAGACGGCUGGAGCGAGUUUGACACCCAAAUCGUCCCGGAGCGCCGCGAGAUCCGCCCCACCGCCGACCGCGGACCCAUUCUGCUGUGCGUGGACACGUCUGGCUCGAUGCGUGGCGCGCGCGAAACCGUCGCCAAGGCGCUCGCCUUGGAGUGCAUGCGCGCCGCUCGCGCCCAGGAGCGCGGCUGCUUUGUGUUUGCGUUCUCGGGCCCCCAGGAGGUGCGCGAGCUGGAGCUGGGCACCGACAUGGCCUCCGUCAAUAACCUCCUCGGCUUCCUCGAAAAGGCACGCCCAUCAUUUUCCUUGACAUGUGAACAUGGCUCGAUGCGCGUGCAGGUCUUCAACGGGGGCUCAGAUUUCAACGAGCCGGUGAAGCGGUGCCUGGAUCGGCUGCACACGGCGGCGUGGGCCAACAGCGACAUCCUGCUCGUCUCCGACGGCGAGCUGCGCCAGCCCGGCUCAGAGAUCAUGCGCAAGCUGUCAGGCGCGAAGGACAAGCUGGGCCUGCGGGUGCAUGGGCUCAUAGUGGGGUCGCCCGAGAAGAAGCGCGCGGAUCCGGCCGUGCUGCGAUCCCUCUGCUCCCACACCCUCCCCAGCGGCAAGAACGAGGUGACGGUGACGGAGUUUGAGGGCUGGGCGAGCGUGGCGGCGGACAAGGAGAUCGCGUUCGACUGGGACGAUGCGGCAGGGAACUCCGCGCGCCGCGAGGCCGGCCUCAAGCUCGAGGCCCUGCGCAAGGCCGAG